AUGAGCGUAGAAAUCAUAGACGGCACCACCAUCACCAACUUCGUGGAAGACGAGGAGGCCUUCUCCACGUCCGUGAGCGACCUCUUCGCUCAACUGGACACGGACAAAGACGACUUUUUGUCUUACACGGAGAUGGUGAAGGAGCUCCAGAGGCUGAGGGUGAUGGAGACGCACUUCGGCGUGGACGUGAAGCGCGAUCCCGAGGAGGUGGCGCGUGUGUACGAGUCGCUGUUCGUGCAAUUUGACCACGACAUGAAUGGGAGGGUAGAUAAGAAUGAGUUCAAGAAGGAAACAAAGAAGAUGCUUUUGGCCAUGGCGAAUGGGAUUGGAUCAUUGCCGGUUCAGAUGGCGCUUGAACAUGAUAGUCUCCUCUUGAAGGCUGUUAAACGUGAAUAUUCCUGUGCUGCUGCGCAUGCUUUUUCUAAUAAUAAUCUUCUUGCUAAUGCUGCUUAA